CAAAGGGAGUAAUGAAAUGGGUUCCGAACCUAAUCCAAACAAAUAGCUUGAAACCGAACUCCAUGUCUCUCAGUCAUGGCUCUUCCUCACCCUUGUCGUAUUUGAAUUGAACUCGUUCCAAUCAGACCACCAAAUUCACGCCUAUUAAUCUUCCAUCUUUGCACCGCCUUUCCACUUCAGGCUUCACUUUCAGAAACUAAUCCAGAUCACAUAGCUUCUAAUCCCCAAUCAUCACCUUCUGAUCGUUGAUUCUCUUGUAUGAUUAAUCUUUUAUUCAUCAAACAUAGAUGGGUUUUGCAAGGAAAGAACAUGAAUUUUUGAGCGAGAUUGGAUUGAGCGAGUUCAACUUGGGUUGUUAUGUGAAUGGCACGUGGAAAGCACGUGGCCCAGUGGUCACCUCUUUGAAUCCUGCAAAUAACCAGGCAAUAGCUGAAGUUGUGGAAGGUUCCAUGGAAGAUUAUGUAGAAGGCAUGCAGGCUUGCAGUGAAGCAGCUAAGAUAUGGAUGCAGGUUCCUGCACCAAAGAGAGGUGAAAUUGUCAGGCAGAUUGGGGAUGCCUUGAGGGCAAAACUUCAGCCACUUGGUCGCCUUGUCUCCCUUGAGAUGGGGAAAAUACUUCCUGAAGGCAUAGGAGAAGUUCAAGAAAUCAUUGACAUGUGUGACUUUGCUGUUGGAUUAAGCCGGCAAUUGAAUGGGUCUAUAAUACCUUCAGAACGUCCAAAUCAUGCAAUGUUGGAGAUGUGGAAUCCUCUAGGUAUAGUUGGUGUGAUUACAGCUUUCAACUUCCCAUGUGCUGUACUUGGAUGGAAUGCAUGCAUUGCACUAGUCUGCGGUAAUUGUGUUGUCUGGAAAGGUGCACCAACAACUCCUUUGAUCACUAUAGCAAUGACUAAGCUGGUAGCUGGUGUGCUAGAGAAGAACAACUUACCUCCUGCAAUUUUUACUUCCUUUUGUGGUGGUGCUGACAUUGGUCAAGCCAUAGCAAAAGAUACACGAAUUCCUCUGGUUUCAUUUACUGGGAGUUCAAAGGUUGGCCUAAUGGUGCAACAAACAGUGAAUCAGAGAUAUGGUAAAUGCUUGCUUGAAUUAAGUGGAAACAAUGCUAUAAUAGUAAUGGAUGAUGCAGACAUCCAGUUAGCUGUACGUUCCAUCCUGUUUGCUGCUGUUGGGACAGCUGGUCAGCGGUGCACAACAUGUCGUAGGCUGCUUCUUCAUGAGAGUAUAUAUCAAGGAGUGCUAGAUCAACUACUUGAUGCUUACCAACAAGUUAAAGUUGGGGAUCCCUUGGAAAAAGGUACCUUGCUUGGGCCAUUGCAUACUUCUGAAUCAAGAAAGAACUUUGAGAAGGGAAUAGGGAUCAUCAAGUCUCAGGGAGGGAAGAUUUUAACAGGUGGUUCAGUUAUAGAAUCUGAAGGGAAUUUUGUGCAGCCCACAAUAGUUGAGAUUUCUUCAAAAGCAGAUGUUGUUAAGGAGGAGUUAUUUGCUCCUGUUCUUUAUGUUAUGAAAUUUCAGACUUUUGAAGAAGCAAUUGAAAUAAACAAUUCAGUGCCUCAAGGACUAAGCAGUUCUAUCUUCACCCGAAAACCUGACAUUAUCUUCAAAUGGAUUGGGCCACAAGGAAGUGACUGCGGCAUUGUGAAUGUAAAUAUACCAACAAAUGGUGCUGAAAUUGGCGGUGCAUUUGGUGGCGAAAAGGCUACAGGAGGUGGCCGUGAAGCAGGAAGUGAUUCUUGGAAGCAGUACAUGCGACGAUCCACUUGUACGAUCAAUUAUGGGAAUGAAUUGCCACUAGCACAAGGAAUCAAUUUCGGCUCGUAGAAAACUUUUAAGGUUAAAGGCAUUGUGGAAUGUCAAGAGCAAAGCUUUGGCCUUGUAGCUCUAGUGCUCACAACUAGAUUUUACUAGGCUAAGUGUCGUGUCAUGUUGACGAAUUACAAGGAUAAUAAUAUGGAGCAAAGAUGAGCGGGAUAGAAUCAAUAGAUGUUCUAUUGUCUGUUGUACUGGAAACUGCAGAAUCAAAUCUACAUUUACUGUGUUGCCUAAAUGUAAUGAAUGGUUCUAAGCAACAUCUUUAUGUUAAAACGAAAUAUUCAACUGAUCAGUAGAAAAAAGUGGAGACUUUGAUCUCUCACUUUUGGGAAGGCAAUAACUAAAAUUAAAUAAAUCUCUUUUAGAACUA